AUGCCGAACCGCUCGCCGGCCGUCGGUGUCGACGGACUGGCGUCGACGCUGGCGCCGGAGGCUGACCUGGCGUACGGCGUCCUCUGCAUGGUGCUAGGGCUGAGCGCCACCUCCUGCAACUUAGCGGUCAUCCUAAUGUUCACACUGCGACGAGCCAAGCUCAGCCCAGCCGAGUACUUCUUGCUGAACCUCAUGGUCACCUCACUGCUCUUCAUCGUUAUCUCCUCGCCGAUGGUGACCGCCUCCGCCUUCCAGCACCGCUGGCUGUUUGGCGAGCUCGGAGGUGUGAUCCAUGGGUUUCUCUGCUACUUCUGCGGCAUCCUCAACAUACUCUCCAUCUUCUUGGUGGCUCUGAUCCGUUACCUGAAAACGUGUUGGCCGCAUCUAGGUCACCUGCACGACCUGGGCUCGGCACGGUUGUACAUGGCCGGCGCGUACGUCUACGCUCUCUUCUGGUCCGUGAUGCCCAUGGUUGGGUGGGGCCGAUACGGUCUCGAGCCUCACAAGAUCUCUUCGAGCCUCGAUUGGACAAGCCCGCUCAUCCGCGACCGGACAUACGUGGUGUCGUCGGUGGUUUUCGUCUUCCUGCUGCCGCUGGCCGGCAUGCUCACCUUCUACUGUCGCAUCGUGCUCAUGUCUUCGCGAAGCACGCGAGCCAUCACCGAGCACGGCGGCUUGCUUGUCAGGGAGCUGCGCCGGCGCGACCGCAAGCUCAACCAGCUGGUGGUGCUCGUCCUGGCCGGUUUCGUGACGGCCUGGCUGCCCUACACGGUCGUGUCGCUUCACGCCAGCGUGGUGGGCUCGUACCAGCUGCCCGUCUGGAUGGUGGCCGUGGUCACGCUGUUCGCCAAGCUCUCCAGCCUCACCAACCCGCUCUGCUACAUACUCGUGUCGACACGAUACAGGACGAUCGAUGCGGCGCGGACGGACAUCGCUCCGCUGUUCUGGGAGGACGAGCGGUACGGCGCGGACAUCGCUCCGCUGUUCUGGGAGGACGAGCGGUGCGGCGCGGACAUCGCUCCGCUGUUCUGGGAGGACGAGCGAGCACUGCGCAGCGGCCGGGCCAAGUCGGCUGGAGACAGCGUCGCCAGUCAGUCAGGAGAGCUCGAUGUGGCCUCUCUGCGGAUCUCCACCGCCACUGCUCGUGCCACCGAGGGCGUAGUGCGUGAGACGCUGGUCUGA